AUGAAACCUCAAGACAGAUUCUUCUCCGAAGGCCAAUGCUACUUCGGCCCGGGAGAAAACCCCUUGACCGAAACGCAAUGCGACGUCUGGGAUUGGGAUCGACUGAGAAUGGUCAAGGUGAAAGGCACCGCUAAGCUAUUUCUGCCCGACGAGGAUAUAGAGAACACGAUUUUGGCAAAGUUCGCCGAUUACCUGUCGCCGGAAGUCCGCGCAAUUACAGUCGACGACAACGGACUCCUUGUUGAAGUCUCGGCCGAUCCGGAAGAGGAUGACACUCCAUUUGUUGCAUAUCUUCCGUUCUCGAUGAUUGAAUCGCUUGCCGACAGCCGUGCAAUUCAGUACUCUAAACUCCAGGAGCUCGGUCGGCUUGGACCGGGUCUUGAUCUCUCAUCAUGCGAAGGCGAAUUCGGCAUUCCUCGAAAAGUUGCCUUCAAAUUCAACCCAUUAGACAAGCCCCUGAGACUACAGAUGGCCUGGGAUGAACUCAACAUUCUCAGGAUUUUGCCGCCACAUCCUAAUAUAGUACCAUUUAAUCGUGUUGUUCUCGAAGACGUGGAAUCUCGGGUGAUUGGAUUCACAACGAAGUAUAUUCCGGGUGGAACUCUCGACAAUCCAAAGACGCCUUUCCGAUUUGAAUGGCUGCAACAGCUUAUCCGACUCGUGGAUUUCCUGAACCUGGAAUUGGGAAUCAUGUAUUAA